AUGUUGACCCAUCUAUCUGUUGCAGUGCUGUCCCUGCUGCCGACGGCGGAUGCGCUCGUGCGCAAGGACGGAGUAGGCCGACUGCCAGCCCUGGGCUGGAACUCGUGGAACGCAUUCGGAUGCGAUGUCAACUCGACGAAGAUCUUAACGGCGGCUACGGAGAUGAUCCAGCUAGGCCUGAAGGACCUGGGAUAUCAAUAUGUCAAUAUUGAUGAUUGCUGGUCUGUCAAGGGCACGCGCAAUGCGACCACCCAUCGCAUCAUCCCGAACCCUUCCACGUUCCCGAAUGGGAUUUCAGGUGUUGCGAAGCAGGUGCAUAACCUAGGACUUAAGAUUGGUAUCUAUAGCAGUGAGUACUUCCAAUUGUCCCGUUUAGGGGAUCUAGAUGCUAACAGGUACUCUAAUCUAGGUGCUGGCGAGACUACCUGUGCUGGGUAUCCAGCCAGUCUCGGCUAUGAGAAGAUCGAUGCAGCUGCGUUUGCCGAAUGGGGCAUUGACUACCUCAAAUAUGACAACUGCGGCGUGCCCUCCAACUGGACAGACCAGUAUAACUUCUGCGUGCCCGACGGGACCGCCGCCCAGAACCCCAACGGCACCUGUCCGACUCUGACGAGUCCCGCGCCAGCGGGCUACAACUGGGCAACCUCCAAGACGCACACCCGCUACACUCGCAUGCGCGAUGCGCUCUUGGGCGUUGACCGCACGAUCCUCUUCUCGCUGUGCGAUUGGGGCGAUGCCGACGUGAACACCUGGGGCAAUAACACGGGUAAUUCGUGGCGGAUGUCUGGGGAUAUCAGCGCCGACUGGACGCGGAUCGCUGAGAUUGCCAACGAGAACAGCUUCAAGAUGAACUACGUCGGCUUUUGGGGCCAUCCAGACCCGGACAUGCUGGAGAUUGGGAAUGGGAACCUGACUCUCGCAGAGAACAGGGCUCACUUUGCGCUGUGGGCUGCCAUGAAGGGCCCUCUUAUCAUUGGAACUGCUCUCAAUUCCAUCAGCACAGCCCACCUGGACAUCCUAAAGAACAAGCCCCUGAUCCAAUUCCACCAGGACCCGGUCUACGGCCGUUCCGCGCACCCGUAUAAAUGGGGCUACAACCCGGACUGGACCUUUGAUCCCGCCCAUCCGGCAGAGUACUGGUCCGGUCCGUCGUCUACGCUGGACGGCACAUUGGUUCUUAUGCUCAACUCCGAGGAUCAGACUGCCACUCGCACUGCGAAGUGGAGUGAGAUUCCUGAGUUGAAGGGUGGCAAUGCCUACCAUGUUACAGAUGCGUGGUCUGGGAAGAACCUGGGUUGUGUGAAGCAUUCGCAUAGUGUGCAGCUGGAGAGUCAUGAUGUUGCUGUUUUGGUUGUUGGGCGUAAGUGCUGA